AUGUCGUCUUCAGCCCACGAUCCAGUGUCAUUUGACUUCAACGACGACCCCACAGUGACCGACGAGAUUGUCACCUCGUACGACAAUCGAGAUCAAAUCCUCUUCGUCGUCGACUGUAGCCCCGAAAUGAACAAGCCUGAACCCAACGGCAGUAUACCCAUCAAAGUGGCAUUUGAUUGCAUCAAGUCUGUCACGCUCAGCAAGAUCUUUGCUGCAACCUCUGAUAGGGUGGGGGUACUACUUUACAACACAAACAUGUCCAACAACCCUGCAGGACAUGAACACAUCUACAUUCUACAAGGUCUCGACAUCCCAGAUGCACCACGAGUGAAAGAAGCCGAAAUGUAUAGUUCAGAGGGCGAUGGUGACAUUCAAAAUACCUUUGGUUCGACCAGCAAAGAAUACCCAUUUGGAAAUGUGUUUUGGACUUGCAGUGACAUGUUUAAUGCUGGAAGCAUUUCAAAUCAGCGUGGAUCACGACGUGUCUUCCUCAUCACCAAUCAAGACAAUCCACAUCCAAACCAACACAACUUGCGGCAAGCUGCCAUUCGACGUGCAAAAGACUUCUACGAUGCUGGUAUCAGAAUUGAGCUGUUCGGACUUGACAAAGGUGAUCAUCAUUUCGAUGAAAGUUUAUUUUACAAUGAGGUUCUUGCACAAGAAGGAGGGAUCGAUGCUACUCAAGAUGAAGACGUUGCCUCUCAGCGUGUAACAGGUGGAGGAUCCAACAAAGUGGAUGAAUUGCUUGACACUGUACGUCGACGUGAACCCAAAAAGCGUACAUCCUUUCGCGUUCCCCUUACCAUUGCACCUGGUAUUGUGAUUGGCGUUCGUGGAUACAACUUGAUCAUGCCAGAAAAGCGAUCCACUCCUCAUCGGGUGACAGGUGCUGGUGAACGAAUUGAACAAGUCGAUACGCAGAUAACGUACAAGUGUCAGGACACGCAACAAGUAUUACUGCCAACAGAAAUCAAGUCUGCAUUUGAGUAUGGUGGUACUCAGGUGGUAUUCUCACGUGAGGAAAUCAACAAGAUGCGAUCAGUCAAGGGAAAAGGCAUUGAAAUUCUCGGCUUCCGACGCAAGGAGAAGAUUAAUGAUAUGCUCAACAUUUCUCUCCCAAGCUUUAUUUACCCGGAUGAAACGCAAUAUGAAGGAAGUCAUCGCACAUUCACGGCAUUGCUCAGGGGUUUGCUGGAAAAGGACAAAAUUGGCAUAUGCACAUUCACACCUCGUGAAAACGCAAAUACAUUGAUUGCAUUGAUGUAUCCACAGGCGGAAACGUUUGAUGAAAAUGGUGCACAAGAUCGCCCUCCUGGUAUCCAUAUUAUUCCAAUGCCCUAUGCCGAUGAUAUUCGGGAUCUUCCGGUUACCGAAACUCCAAUUGCCACCGAAGAACAAGUGGAAUUGGCAACCAGGGCCAUAUUUGGUGGUGAACAAGGUGGUAUGGAGAUCAAGCAAAUAUACGACCCGAAUGAGUUUGAGGAUCCAGCUAUGCAGUUGCACUGCGCUACACUGGAAGCGCUUGCUCUUGAUAAGCCCAUGGUGGAGCGCAUUGUGGAUACAACCAAACCAAAUGUGGAUAUGAUCAACCAGACGAUUGGCCAAGGAUUGAAGGAGUUACGUGAACGUUUGGCAGCCGAUGUUGGUAUUUCUGAAGAGGACUUGAGAGGACAAAAGCGGCAGCUAUCGGAUAGCAAGCCGGAGUCUAGUACAAGCCGCCGUCGUGUUGAUGCAGGAUCUAAAUCGAUCGAAGAUCACUACCGGGACCAUACGCUUGAUAAGUGUACCGUUGUCAUGCUUAAGGAAUGGCUUGAACGUAACGGCGUAAAACCAAAACGAGUCAAGAUUGACAUCAUUGCUCAGGUGUGCCAUGUGUUAGAUAAACGCCAAUAA